AUGGCUCCGGCUUGCAAUAUGAACACCAAGGCCAGCGAACUCGUAGAGUUCUAUGCCCCUACCAUUUCUGGCAAGACUAUUCUCGUCACCGGGCCUUCGCCAGGAAGCCUCGGGGAGAGCUUCGUCAAGCAGGUAGCUGCAGGCAACCCGGCUGUUCUCAUUCUCGCUGGUCGCUCCAACUCCAAGUUACAACCGAUGGCCGAUGAGCUGAACUCCACCCACCCUGCAAUCGUCGUCAAACUUCUAGCCAUGGAUCUCAUGUCGUUUUCGAGCGUCCGUCAAGCUGCCGAGACUGUAAUGUCUUGGGACGACAUUCCUUCCAUCGAUGUGUUGGUCAACAAUGCGGGCAUCAUGGCUGUACCGUAUAAGUUGACCGAAGAUGGCUUCGAAAGCCAGUUCCAAACCAACCACCUGAGCCACUUCCUGUUCACCAACUUGAUCAUCGACAAGCUUCUGGCAGCCAAGGCCCCACGGGUGGUGUUCGUCUCCAGCGGCGUGCAUCGUAUCGGCAACAUUCGCUGGACCGACUACAACUUCAACGGCGGGAAGACAUACCAACGAUGGUUGUCCUAUGGCCAGUCGAAGACCGCCAACGCCUUGACCGCUCUUGCACUCGCCAAGAAGUUGGGUGGCAGAGGCCUUCUUUCCUUCGGCAUGUGCCCCGGGGUCAGUUUCACGAAUCUCGCGGCCCACGGGCUGGAUGACCAGGCCGCGUUCUCGGCGGACCUCACGGAGAUGGACAACAUCUACGGAAACAAGUGGUGGAACGGCAUGGCAGAUAUGCAUUUCAAGACGCUGGACCAAGGCGCGGCCACGCACGUCUUUGCGUCGUUUGACGAUACCAUCAAGGAUCACAACGGCACUUUCUUGUCUGACUGCCACAUCGCGGAUCCUGCACUGGAGGAGGUCUAUUCGUGGGCUACAAGUGAGAUCGAUGCGGAAAGGCUCUGGAAGUUGAGCGAAAAGCUCGUGGGCCAGGAGUUCAGUUACGAUGGGUGA